AAAUGCAAAGAUAUUUCCAAGUGGUUCCAAAGCUGGUUUCAUACAUCCGUGUACAUAUCCGCUUAGUAUUUGUGUUCACACGAGCUUCGGCUGAACUUAAUAAAAUUACCCGAUUAAUUUUAAUAAUUAAAAUGUUUCAAGUUAAAAGUGAUAAUGCAAACGAAACCCUUGUAUGAAAUCUGUAGUAAUUAGUCGAAAACAUAUUCCGUAUUUCCUAAGCCUGUCUUUGCGUUGCUUCGAGUGUUUUGUACAUCUAUGUAUAUGUGUUGUGUAUGUAUGUGUGUGGCGUUUUGGAAUGUUGCCUUGCACGAAAUUCAAAUUGUGACCCCAUCCUUGAGAUUGUGCUUUUGAGGCAUACCUAAGAAAUGGAUGAGCAUACUUUGAAUGACCUGUUGGAGUGUUCGGUUUGUCUGGACCGUCUCGAUACCACAUCGAAGGUGUUACCAUGUCAGCAUACAUUCUGCCGCAAAUGUCUGGUGGACAUUGUGGCCAGCCAACACAAGCUGCGGUGUCCGGAAUGCCGCGUCCUGGUCUCGUCCAAAAUCGAUGAACUGCCUCCGAAUGUCUUGCUGAUGAGAAUAUUAGAAGGCAUGAAACAAACAGCGGCUGCUGUUAAAAACGACAAUAAAAGCGAAGAGAUCGAAACGCCCCCAGAGAAACCCAAAACCCAACAUUUUACGGAGACGGUGGCACCCACAAGCAGUACACAACUGCAUCAGCAGCACCCGCACCAGCAGCCACACCAGCAACAGAAAUCGCAGACUCAGGUGGCGCGUCAAAAGCAACGACGGUUUCUACUCCCCCACGCCUAUGCCCUGUUCGAUUUUGUCUCCAGCGAAGCCAACGAUCUAAAGUUCAAGAAGGGGGACUUAAUAUUGCUUAAGCAACGCAUCGACAACAAUUGGUUCGUGGGCCAGGCCAAUGGACAGGAAGGAACCUUCCCCAUCAACUAUGUCAAAGUGUCCGUCCCCCUGCCCAUGCCCCAGUGCAUUGCCAUGUAUGACUUUAAGAUGGGACCCAAUGAUGAAGAAGGCUGCCUCGAGUUCAAGAAGAGCACAGUCAUCCAUGUGCUACGGCGUGUGGAUCACAAUUGGGCUGAAGGUCGAAUUGGUCAAACAAUCGGAAUCUUCCCCAUAGCAUUUGUGGAGCUAAAUGCUGUAGCCAAGAAGCUCCUGGAUAGUGGAGUAAUGAAUCAACAACCGUGCCAUCCACUACAGCAGCAGCCACAACGUGCUCUUCCUCCUGUCCCCAUAAUUGAUCCCACAGUGGUCACGGAAUCCAGCUCUGGCUCCUCAAACAUAACGCCAGCUAGUAGCAAUUCCAGUUCUACUUCCAGCUCGAACAACUGUAGUCCCAAUCAUCAGUCAUCGCUGCCAAAUACUCCCCAACACGUGAUGCCCUCUGGAUCCGGAUCUGGAUCUGUUCGGUUUCGGGAUAAAGGAGCUAAGGAGAAGCGGCAUUCGUUGAAUGCCCUUCUAGGAGGAGGAGCACCUCUUAGUCUACUGCAGACCAACCGCCAUUCUGCCGAGAUUCUGAGCCUGCCCCAUGAGCUGAGUCGCCUGGAGGUGGCAGCCACUCCAGCCGCAGCGGCGGCUGCAAAAGCGACCCCCGCCUCCCAAUCUGCACGUGUGCUGAAGACAAAUGUGCAGCAACAAAUGCCUCCCACUCUGCCCUGGGGAUACCUGGCCCUUUUCCCAUAUAAGCCACUGCAAAAUGACGAAUUGGAAUUGAAGAAAGGCUGCGUGUACAUUGUGACCGAGCGUUGUGUCGAUGGCUGGUUCAAGGGAAAAAACUGGCUGGACAUCACUGGUGUAUUCCCGGGAAACUAUUUAACGCCAUUGCGUACACGCGACCAGCAGCAGUUGAUGCACCAGUGGAAAUACGUUCCCCAAAGCUCGGAUGCGAAGCAGAUCCAUCCCCAGCAACAGCCAGUGACGCCAGAUGUGCGCCUCAACAACAUGCUGCCCAUGCAGCCACCGGACUUGCCGCCCCGCCAGCUGCAAGCAACGACAACAGCGACUGCGACGACGACCAGCUGCUCGGCCUGGACAAAGCCAGUGGAGGCCUUGUUUAGUAGAAAGUCCGAGCCUAAACAGGAUAUCUCCAUAGCCACUUCGAGCAGCAGUUCCUCGGGCGCAGUCGGACUUAUGCGGCGACUAACGCACAUGAAAACACGCUCCAAAUCCCCAGGAGCUUCGCUGCAGCAAACUCCGAAAGAAGCGAUCACAACAACCAUUGAAAGCAGUGCUAAGACAACUGUUCCUCUCUUGCACCCAGUGCACGUUAGAUCCGGAUCAUGUCCCAGCCAACUCCAGCAUAGUCAGCCGCUCAAUGAAACGACAACGACAACAACAACAGCUCCCCCGUCCGCAGGUCAACAGCAUUUUCAGGGCAAACAACAGCAAUUGCCUUCUGUCAGCAGUGGCAGUGUCUCUUAUGGUUCGCAACGCGUGAAGAGCAACAAGGAUCGGCCACAUUUGCUUUGCGCACGCCAGUCCUUGGACGCAUCCACAUUCCGCAGCAUGUAUAACAAUGCGGCCUCAUCCCCUCCACCGCCUGCAUCAUCAAAAGCCGCACCAAUCUAUGCCGGUGGGCAGCAGCCCGGUAGCCAGACGCAGCUGCAUGCCAAUAUGAUAAUAGCACCGAGUCAUCGAAAGUCGCACAGUCUAGAUGCUGGCCAUGUGCUCUGCCCCAGCAGCAAUGGUAUCACCGAGGCGGCCAUAAAAGCCAGUGCAACAACAAAGUCGAUUUAUUGCACGAGAGAAAGUCGCUUUCGUUGCAUCGUGCCGUAUCCGCCGAACAGCGACAUCGAGCUGGAGCUGCAUGUUGGCGACAUCAUCUAUGUGCAGCGUAAGCAGAAGAACGGCUGGUAUAAGGGCACACAUGCGCGCACUCACAAAACCGGACUGUUCCCAGCUUCGUUUGUCGAACCGGAUAUCUAGGUCCAAGACAUUUAAGCAUUUGUUAGGUGAAAUUCCAAAUUACUUGUCAAAAUCUAUUCAAUCGCCGGUCGAUUUGGGCUUCCAGGCAAGUUGAAGAAACCCGUUUUGCAAAUUUGUAAUCUCUUCAAAAAUGAAAUCUUUUGUACUCGAAUUUGAACUGGCGGAUGUACUUUUUAUACGAUCUUUAAUCAAAAUAGGCAACCCAUUAGUGCAUGCCUUAAGCAACAUGUUACUUAAGCACUUUUAAGCGUAAGUUAGAGAGUGAACUCGAUUAAGAAAUAAUAUUUUAGAAACGGCGUGUCCCCCAUAAACAAUUUGUGCCCAGUUGAAAGUUACAUAUUUGUAAUAUACUAAAUUGUAAUAAAAAAUGUAUACACACGUA